UCCUAAAUUUGGUUAAACCCGCAGAGUAAGAAUUGAAUCAUUCUACUAUAGGACGGUAAAAACUAUAAUAAAUUUCUUGUUUCUUUGUCGCAUACGAAUUGAAGCCCAAAAAAACUCAAGUAUGUAUAGUAGAUUAGCAGCAAAGCUGAAUCGUCCCCUCCUAGGAUUGAUUCCGAGGAAUCAAUACUGUCUGCCGGAAAGGCUUUUGUCGGCCUCUGUCGGCCGGACAGCGGACCCUGAUCUUCAUGGCGGUGAUGUUGAUGAAUAUGAUGCCGCGGAGGCGAAGAAGGCGGAAACGGCGACGGGGGAUUCGGAGAUUAAACCCAGCAGCACCGGAAAAGUCCCAUUUUCGCCGUCGAAAUCCCCUUGUGGGUCAUCGCCCAAGAUAGAGAGCAGAGGCGUGAACGAUCGCAUAGACCCAAACGUCCAACAAAAGCGUCGCAAUUCUACCGCCUCAAUCCCUGACGUCAGCUGCGCGGGGUUGGACGGCGGGCCGUGGCCGGAUGACGCGACGGAACGGCGCCGACAAGAGGACGACAACAAGGAAUACUUCAAGCACCACAAGGCGUCGCCGUUGUCGGGAUUAAAAAUGGUCGACACAAGAAAGCCGAUAACACGAGCAACCGAUGGGAGCAGUGGUGGAGCCGCCGCAGGAGGUGUGGUGGUGUGGCUGCCGGAGCAGUUGGAAUCGGCGGAGGACACGCUGUUGAGAGCCAUGGAAAUAUGGAAAGAAAACGCAGCGAGGGGCGACCCAGAUUCCCCGCACGGCAAGAUUCUCAGGAAUCUUAGAGGAGAAUAUUGGUGAUCAAUCAAUAUAAUAUAUAAUUCUCCAACUAAAAUCUAAACUGUACUGUAAACCACGGUUAAACACUCUACUUAUAUCUUAUAUCUAUCCCCUGUAAUAAUACCUCAACUACUCCUUGGAUGAAUUCCACGACGCAUUAACGCCGUCACCUGCCUUAUCUCCAA